GCGCGCGCGCACCAUUGUGUGGCUGGACUCGGCCGCCGCUGCGGUGUGAGGUGUGUGUCCGGGCUCUCGCUGUCCCCGCACCCGCACCGAGGCUUCUGCCUUGCGGUCCGCUGUUCGACAGCCAGCCCUCGGGCCCCUCGCCCGCCACGGACAUGCCGCGCGUCUACAUAGGACGCCUGAGCUACAACGUCCGGGAGAAGGACAUCCAGCGCUUUUUCAGUGGCUAUGGCCGCCUUCUCGAAAUAGAUCUUAAAAAUGGGUACGGCUUCGUGGAGUUCGAGGACUCCCGCGACGCCGACGACGCCGUUUACGAACUGAACGGCAAGGAGCUCUGCGGCGAGCGCGUGAUAGUGGAGCACGCCCGGGGCCCGCGCCGCGAUCGUGACGGCUACAGCUACGGAAGCCGCAGUGGUGGAGGUGGAUACAGCAGUCGGAGAACCUCUGGCAGAGACAAAUAUGGACCACCUGUACGCACAGAAUUCAGGCUUAUUGUAGAAAAUCUUUCUAGUCGUUGCAGUUGGCAAGAUUUAAAGGAUUUCAUGAGACAAGCAGGUGAAGUAACCUAUGCGGAUGCUCACAAAGAACGCACAAAUGAAGGCGUCAUUGAGUUUCGCUCCUACUCUGACAUGAAGCGUGCUUUGGAUAAGCUGGAUGGUACGGAAAUCAAUGGGAGAAAUAUUAGACUAAUUGAAGAUAAACCACGAACAAGCCACAGGCGGUCUUAUUCUGGAAGCAGAUCAAGGUCACGGUCUAGAAGAAGGUCACGAAGUAGGAGUCGUAGGAGCAGCCGCAGUAGAUCUCGAAGUAUCUCAAAAAGUCGCUCCCGAUCCAGGUCUCGGAGCAAAGGUCGAUCACGUUCUCGUUCAAAAGGCAGGAAAUCUAGAUCAAAAAGCAAAUCUAAACCUAAGUCUGAUCGAGGCUCCCGUUCGCGCUCUCGGAGCAGAUCGAAGGAUGAAUAUGAGAAAUCUCGAAGCAGGUCUCGUUCUCGAUCUCGUUCCCCCAAAGAAAAUGGGAAAGGUGAUAUAAAAUCAAAAUCCAGAUCAAGGAGCCAGUCUCGUUCCAAUUCACCCCUACCUGCUCCACCCUCAAAGGCCCGUUCUGUGUCCCCUCCACCAAAAAGAGCUUCAAGAUCCCAUUCUAGAUCUCAUUCAAAGUCAAGGUCACGAUCCAGAUCGAGUUCCAGAGAUUAACCCAGAACUCUACAUUCUUUGCACACUAUUACGGAACACUUUCCUACUUGCUUAGGCAGUUACUCUUCCACGUUUGUACUUGGCCUCUUCUGCGAGAAGAAUCUCCCGAAAACGGGCAUACAAAAAUUGGAUUUGUAGCCAAAUUUGAUGAAAAAGAUGAGGUUCUAAAGCAAUGGCAUGAAGUCAAAGAUCCUCUCCCUUUGUAGAAUUAAGAUAACUUUGAUUUUAUAGCUUUUGAGCUAAAAUAACUUUUGUAAAGAUUAAGCUCAUUUAGAUUUUUUUUUUUUUAAGUAUUUCAGCAGGAUCUGCUGCAGGAGUUUCUGUCAUUGUUAUAUUUGUUUGCUUAAUUUUAAAUUAACCGUUUCAAGCUUUGAACACUUAAGGCUUUAGAGGGAGAAGCCAAUUUCCAAUUAUGUUGGAUUUUUAUAAAGCUUGAGUUAUGUAAGAUUUCAAUAAAAGUUUGCUACCAAGAUGAUUGCCUUAUUGAAUAGGUCACUCUUAAAUUCCUUUAAAUAUUGAUUAUCUGCUAUCCGUGGAAAUAAUGUAAAUUCUACUUAAGUGUAGAACAAGGCAAGUCUCAGACCAGCAAUAAAUUAUUCAAUUUGGAUAACA